AUGAUUAUCUUUGCGCUAUUUCUUCUCACAACCGAGUGCAUUGUGUCGGUUCCUGUCAUACCAACUCUUGACAAUACUGAGGAAGCUGCUCAAUACAAGAAAUAUUUAGAAGAGGCACCAAAAGCAAUAAACGUGGAUCCUCAAACAUUGGCUUCGGCUCGAAAAGUUUUUGGAGAAAAUUCUUCUUUAGAUGAUUUAUUACUACUUUGGAAUACAAGUUUACGAGAUAAACACGAUGAAACAAAACGUCAUCUAGUCGAAAAACUUAUAAAAGCUCAUUUGAAGAAAGCAGCAGAUAGUCAUCCUAACACAAUGGGCGGUAUUGUCUACAAUAGCAUUCCGGGAUAUGAAACGGAAUCACCGAAAAAGUAA